ACGAACGCCGUCAACCGGUCCCAUUCCAUUCAGUUCGAGUCUGUCGGUUGUUCGGGGCACUCAUUUUGAAUUUGUGUUGUAUUUUGCAGCGUUAUGUUUCUACUCAUCUAGGACUAAAUUCUCUGAUUAACACUUUUUGAUUGAACCAUUAUUUCGAGAAGAUAACUCACAAGUGGACAGUACAAAAGUUACGCGCAUAUAUGUGUAGUUAAGUCAAAUGUUUCGUAGUUGGAGAACAUUGGCUAAAAAAUGGCAGGACUCUUAUGAGAAUUAUUGCCGGAUCACAACUGUGAUUGUCGCAUUCACGGUUGAUUGAUCGAAGUUACACUAAUGCUAAAUCCACGAAAAUCAAUUUAUGGAAACGACGAGUGAAUGAGUAUUCGACAGUUAUAAUAGCGUGUUCAGUGUACUAGAUAUGCGUGAAAACAUCAAUUGAAAUAAAUUGAUUGUUUAUAUUAAACAUAACGCAUUCUAAAAUAUCGGUGUCGUAAGCGGUGCGGUACGUGAAACUCGAUCUUCAAUGUUCCAGUAGGGUUAUGUGGACUUCUAGAGCAAAAGAAUAACGCAGCAUAAUAUUAUCUAGAAUCACACUGACACAAAACAGAGGAAGCAGUCAGCAGAAUACAACAAAAUGUGAGAACGGAAACUUUGAUUGUGUUGUGUGGUAACCGAAUAAUCUCAUGCCGUUUGUGGUUGUGGCAGCUAAGAACCCUCUGCGAGGAACUUAAAAACGAAUAAUCGUAGAGUAAGACUGCGCAUACAGCACUUCUGCAUACCGUGUAGUUAAAAAAAUUAAAUUUGUGUACCGAAAAUCGGCAAGAGAAAUAGAACAUUUGUCAAGUGGCCAAUCAUUAUUAUUAAAGCUGGUAUUUUAAUAAAUUACAGUUUGGAAACGGUUUCCAAACCUUUAUAAUAUCUGUGGUACGGUUCGUUACAAAAACAUAACAUGUCUAAGGUUAACGCAUCACUAAAAACAACCAGUUUUAGACUGUUUAUUUAGCUUGCGCAUGAUUGUGUGUCUAGUGAGGAUGUUAUUCUAAGAGAUAUCCAUGGUACCUCCGAAUAAAUCUAAAUCGAUACCAAACUAUUGCUGAAUACGCUAAACGCCAAUCUUAAAAGUUUAUCUACAUCUAGCUCUACAUAGCUUUGUCAAACAACUUCUUUCAUCAAAUGAAAUCGCACAAGCUGGAAGGAGUGGCAGAUAUAGGCAAAGGAUACAGUCCAAGCAGUCAAAUUUACCACAAGCCUCCUCAACCUUCUCCAACCUACCGUCAACUAUCCCAAUUGCUCCGAGUAGAAAAGUUUUACGAUUCGAUUUCGUCUGCGACCCAUUGUUGACCGCAUCAAACCACGGACCAGUGAGCAAAAAAAAGAAGAAUCAUGCUGCAAACGGUACUGGGUUCGUCAUCGUCGGGAAGAAGACUAAUUCCGGUUUUGAUGUUCGAGUUAGCCACACUAGCCGUUGGAUAUGUCUCAUCGGAACCCUCCCCAUCAAAAUAUAAUCCCGAAGUGGUGCGAAUUAACAAAUGCUGUGAAAAGUUUGAGGUAAUGCUAGAUGGAAAGUGCACCGUGGCAGAGAGUAUAAAUGCAACUGCGUGGAAGCCAGAGUUUACCGGUCGUAAUGGGGAACAAAACGUCCGAGUAGAUACAUUCAAGUAUAUCGUUGGGGCACCGGACUGUGGUACUAUGCAGAAGUGGCCUAUUUUCCACUAUGAAAAAAGCGAAGAUAAACUAAUUCUGUUUCCCGAUGGAAAAGUGCGACAUUUAAUACUCGACCCACACGCUCGAAAUGAGCCAGAAGAUGAAUGGGACCAUAUCUACGCGGCUAACACUAGAAUGGAAGCUCCUUUUCAGUACGACUAUGAACAGGGCCAGUAUUGUUUGGAUAAGGCACUCAGUAGCAACGAAAAACAGCCGGAGGGUAUCUUCGCAACUGUCUGCUCACCGGAAAAGGCGAAUCGUUGGACUGAUAGUGAUUUUCUGUUGCGCAAAAUAAUCAACCCCAUCUGCCAUGGAAUUGCAAUGAUUAUUUUACUAGUGGUGGCGAUAGUAUAUUUUGUAUUACCUACACUAAGAGACCUUGUUGGCAAUAUUGUCACUUCUAUCACCGUGUGCCUUAUCAUCAGCCAAGCAGCUGACCUGGUUCGAAUAUUCACUGAAUUCAGCAACCACGUGAGUUUUAUAAUCGCCGACUCGUUCUUCUACAUUAGUCUGCUAGCAGCAUUCUUCUGGCUCAACAGUAUGGGUUACUACAUAUGGAAAAUGUUUCGAGCUAGAAACGUUUUCCUUAGAGUAACUGAUGGUCGCAAGUACUGUUGGUACUCAGGAUACGCCUGGGGUGCAACAGCAACCAUGGCAGGAGUGGCGAUCUUCUCUCAUUUUUUCUUAGAUGAAGCAAAUGGAAAAAAAAGCUCAAGUAUUUUUGAAAAUCAAGAAACUAUUGGAUGGCUUGGAAUUGCCGUUUUCUUCACUCCAAUUGCAUUCAUUAUUAUUACUAACAUGUUUUUCUACGUCACAACAUUAAAGUUCAUUAACCGGAUGAACACUUAUGGACGAAUACAUCAUAAACUCAAGUGCAACUUCAUCAUGUUUACUCUAAUAUUCCUCAUCAUGAGUACUUCUUGGCUUUUCUUAGUUCUCUCAUGGCUUCACUAUGAUGCAUUGCUCUACAUGCACAUUGUUGUAAAUGCACUACAGGCUCCAUGCAUCUUGUACGUAUGCGUUCUGCGGCAAAAACAUGUAACAUUCUUACUAAAAAAGUCCUGCUGUUACAAUGAACCUCCACAGACAUCUGAUUGGGGUGACGAAAUGACGUACAUGAAUGGAGGGGACUACUGACCUCACUAUCGGAUAGAACUAAUAAAUAAGUUAGGAAUUCAUAAUAACGAAUCUCAAAGGUAAAACCGUGGUCUUCCACGGCAAAUCCCUGCCGGGCAGCAGAAAUGUUAACAUUCCUGAAUCUAUAAGAUUCGUAGCUAACAAAAACUUAAAACCACGUUCGAAGCAUUAUUUUCGACAUCAACUCAACAGAAAACGUCCAGUUGUAUUUAUUAGGCUACUGAAUGAAUAAUAAAUUAUUAACAUUAGUUUAUAAGUGCACUUCUAAUGUACGCAUACUGUUUUAGAACAUUGUCAAGGACACAAAGUAAAAGAGAUUUUGAAUAUCAA